AUGGAAGAUCCCUGCAACAGUUCAUGGGAGGACAGCUUUGAUUACAGCAACUCCUCCUACGACUACUACGGUCAUAAUGAAGAAGCUGGAUUCAUCACAUUUGUGGUGACAUGCAUCAUCGUUGGUUUCGCCCUUCCUUUGACCCUCAUGGCCAUCUUUGCUCUUUACUCCCUGGUGCAAAAUGAUCACGUUGCUCCGAUCUACGUCAUCAACCUUCUCAUUUCCGACCUCAUUCAGCUCUGCUGCACAAUCGUUUGGUUGGAAAAACCUGAGGACUGGAAGAAGUAUAACAUUUUUUAUAUUUACUUCUUUGGUGUGAUGGCAAGUGCUUGCUUCAUGGUGUGCAUCGCCCUGGAAAGGUUUUUGGUCAUCGUCUUCCCACUGUGGUACCGCUUCAGACGAACCAUCAAGACCUCUGUGCUGGUCUGUGUCAUGGUCUGGCCCCUUCCUACAAUCUAUAUCCUCCCUUCCUAUUUUUGUGUAAAUUUUGUGGUCACAGAAGCAAUCUCUGCCACCUUUUUACUCCUACCCCUUCCACUGCUCAUAUUCUUCUUGUGUGGGACCCUCAAAGCCCUGUCUGCUUCCAUCUCAGUUCCCCCUGACGAAAAACACCGGAUUGUGGGAGUUUUGGUCCUGGUGCUGCUUCUUUACACUCUGCUGUUCCUGCCCAGCAUCAUUUGGUCCCUGACAGAGAACGGCAGAAAUAACAAUAUUGUCAGCAACGUGUCUUUUGUGUUUCUUAGAUUGAGUCCUCUCGCAGACUCAGUUAUGUAUAUUUUCAUGAGGAAAGGGACCAUAGACAAGGUUUUGGCUUCUCUUUGUUGUUGCAGAAUGGACAGCAAUGAUGUUAGCAGUCAAGCAGUAUAA